AUGGGCCAGGGCUCUUCCCAGCCCGUAAAGCCAGGGUUUACUGACCCUGUUGAGACCGAUAAAAACGAGAUUGAUGUCGCCCACUCGCCUUCGAGCCCUCCCUCAGCUCUAACAAAAGCAAAACGAGAACUAGAGCUUGGAGACAAAGCCUCCCACAAACGGAAGCGGAAAUCGUCUCCCGUCGUCGAUAACGAAUCGAGAACGUCUCACAAUCUGCUCAAGCAAUCACCACGAGAACAAGCUCCCCGACCCUUGAAGCGCAAGAAACUUCUUCAGUCUGCGCAUAAGGAGCAAGAGAUUCCGUCGAAGAAUGGAGAAGGAGAGACCAGGGUCGCGAGCACACCCAAGUUGGCUUCGAAACCGCAAUUGGAUGACCUUCCCAGGCCAAAGCUAGAGUCAAGGGCCUCCAGUAUUGUCGCAAUAAAACGGGCCGAGUCUGCCAGCACUACUAGUGGGAAGAAGCUCUCCCCAAGCCCAGCUUUGGCAGCUGAUUCUAUCUCCAAGGGAAGAUUGAAUCGAGCAGACGGCACAAAAAAUGAGAGAGGCGUCGUAGUAGGUGCCUUUCGACCGGAGGAAGUCGAGGCCCUUGAAGGCUUCAAGCUCGGUUUCUGCAACACGUACGGUUGUACUGUAGAUACUUUCGAUGGAAUGGUGCAACAUGCGCAGAAAGGGGCUUUCCCUGGUUCGGUUCACCUUUCAAAGAAAGAAUUUUGGAAGCGCGUCUACACAACCCUUCCUGAUAGAGACAGAAGAUCUGUCUAUCGGUUUAUGCGACGCCACUUUCAAACCUCGGGCCAAAAGCCGCACGAAUGGACUCCGGAACAGGAAGAUGAGCUGGUCAGGCUACAUCACAUAAACGGACCGAAAUGGGCUUUGAUAGCCGAGCAACUUGGCCGCAGUGAUGACGACGUCGUUCAGAAGUGGAAAAACCACCUCGAGCAUCGCUCUACCAUGAACAAGGGUGCCUGGUCUGAGGCCGAGGUUCUCGCGCUACAAAGUGCGCUGCAGGAGGCGUGGACCAAGUUUAAAGCGCGUGGUCACGAUGUUGGGCGAGACAUUUAUGAGAUGGAUGAGGGUCUUAUUUCAUGGGGUCGAGUGAGCGAGGUCAUGCAGCAUCGUCGCUCGAGGCAGCAAUGUGCAGACAAAUGGCGCAGAAUCCGAUCCAACAUGGUUGCCUCUGGUGUUUCCCGGAGUACUACCCCGUCGUUGACUAGCCGCCUGGCGAAGCACAAAAAACAAGCUGAGAAUUCCAAAGAGUACAAAAGCUCUAUGUACGUGGAUUCCGACAGCGAUGGCGAGCAAGGAAAUGAAGCAGAUGAACGAGAUGACGACGGAGGGAAGGGGAAGCUGGGCGAGAAGCCCGAAUCCCAACAAAAACAAAUGAAGCGGCGCAAAGAUACAACCCACGACAAGCCACGUUCUUCUCCUAGUGAAACAGCCAAAAAGCCCAUUCCAGACGAUUCCGGAUCUGAAUCAGAGUCCAACUCCGAGUCAUCAACAUCAACAUUAGGUAGUAAAUCUAGUUCUGGUUCCAGUUCGGAAUCAGGCUCUGGAGAUGAUGGUGGUUCAAGCACUCAGUCCAAGGACCGAAAACCCGCUCUAACAGGCAAAGGCAAAGGCAAAGAGAAGCCCACAAAGAACCAAACAACCGACAAGCCCAAGAAAGUGGACGAAUCCAAAGCCAAUGUCACUCAGAGAAAAAAGGACAGCACCAAAAGCACAACAGUUUCCAAAACCAAAACAGAAUCACCACCCCUCGAUGGGAGCUCUAGCCCCCGAAAAAGAAGGCGCUCAGCGACACAGUCAUCCUCAUCCUCAGAUUCGUCCUCAGACUCAGACUCAGACUCAGAUUGUAGUUCAGAACCUGGGACAAGCGAAAGUACAGAAUCCAGCCCGGCUACACAGAAGCAUAAGGGUUCGAAAGAACUACAAACCUCAGAGCAAAGUGCCUCUGAUGAAUCUAGUGAAGAAUCUUCAGAAGAUGAAAGCGCCAGUGAAAGCGAAGGCGAGAAAAAGGGUCCUACUACCACAAAGGAGGUUCCAGAAAUCAUCAAGCGAGAGCUUGAAGACAGCCCCGUGAAAAACCCGCAGCAUGUCAAGCGUACAAAGCCCGAAAUGUCUCCUACUCCAAAAUCAACAGAAACAUCGUCGUCCGAGAGCGAUAGCAAAAGUGCAUCUGAGAGCAGCUCCGAAGACUCCGGUUCAGAAACAGACUCACCACAACCCAGCGCCAAGUCAGAUACCAGAAAGAAAAGCAUCCCUAAGAAUCCAAAGGCUCCCCUGAAGAAGAAGCCUAGCUCAUCUUCACCUUCUACAUCGUCCUCAGAUUCCGAUACCUCCAGCUCCAGCUCCAGCUCCAGCUCAAGCGAAUCAGAAGACGAGCCCCCCGCCAAGAAGCUCAAAGCCAUUGGCUCUAAAAAGAAGGGAAACAACACAAGUGUAAAACGAGAAAGCAGUGGUUCUGACGAAAGCGACUCGAGCAGUGAGGAGUUGUCUACCUCGGAGUCGAAGUCUGAUUCUGAUUCUGAUUCCGACUCCGACUCCGACUGAGAUAACCGAUUGCUCACCCCCCGUCUAUUUAGUCUGCAAUAUACCCCCUGUUUGGCCAUAUAAACCGCAGGCGAC